UGGAAAAGCGGCGGACUUCCGUCUUGAGAUCAGAAACGAAGUCAAGAUGCAGCAGGUGGACACCAUCUCGCAGAACAAUUCUACGAGCACACCUGGCAAGGCUUCGACUACGCCAGCGAGUCCUGCAAAGGAACCGCCACCACGUGACGAACCACCUUUGGAACCGGUGAAUGGCAUAGUUCAACCACCGGUUGUUCCACCACCCAAUCGUCCAAGACGUAUCACGAAUCAAUUGCAAUUUUUGCAAAAGGGUGUUUUGAAACCAGUAUGGAAGCAUCAAUUUGCCUGGCCCUUCCAACAACCUGUCGAUGCGAAAAAACUCAAUUUACCAGACUAUCACAAAAUCAUCAAAAAACCAAUGGACUUGGGCACAAUCAAAAAGCGGUUGGAAAAUUCGUAUUAUUGGAGUGGGAAAGAAUGUAUUCAGGAUUUCAAUACUAUGUUCACCAACUGUUAUGUCUACAACAAACCAGGAGAGGACGUUGUAGUCAUGGCACAGGCUCUAGAAAAAUUAUUUCUUACGAAGGUUGCACAAAUGCCGAAGGAAGAAGUAGAGUUAGAUCCACCUGUUCCAAAAGGGCCCAAAGGCAAAAAAGCUGGAAGAGUUGGUGGACCAGGAGUAGGUGGAGUAGGAGGUACAGGAGCAGGUAGAGGACGACCAGCUUCUGGUGCAGCGGCUGUUACUUCCAGUGUACCAAAUAGUUUAACACCUUCUGCUACAUCAGCUGGAACAACAGGCGUUAUACCUAUGCCGCCUCUUGGCACUCAGGCACCAGCUUCGGUACCUGGAAGCACAAAUACAACCACCAUUGCUCCACCGUCAAGUAUGGGCGUUACACCAAUGGCUACUCACAAUUCUUUGCCUCAGCAAGUUGUCCCUCCAACCACGGGUUACCAUGCGCAACCGGCGAUGGAUCCUCAAACAACUUCUGCUGUGCCUCCACCUCCACAAGUCUCUACAACACCAACUGUAAUGCCUCCAUCACAACCUGCCAAACUUAAAAAGGGAGUUAAAAGAAAAGCUGAUACUACAACUCCUACCGCAAACGCGUUUGAUCCAUUGUAUACACCUAUGGAUUCAAAGAAUGCCAAAAUACCUACGAGAAGGGAGUCUGGCAGGCAAAUUAAGAAGCCAACGAGACAAGCGGAAGACGGCUUAGUGCCAUACCAUCAGGCCAAUAUGCCUCUUAUGGGGGCAAUGGCCCAACAGCCUCCGCAUGCUGGUGUCAAAGGAAAAGAAAAAUUGUCUGAAGCCUUAAAAUCUUGUAAUGAUAUUUUGAAGGAACUUUUUGCUAAAAAACAUUCGCCCUAUGCUUGGCCUUUUUACAAACCUGUUGAUGCAGAUCUUCUAGGCCUUCAUGACUAUCAUGAAAUUAUCAAGAAACCUAUGGAUCUUGGUACAGUAAAGUCGAAAAUGGAUUCUCGCCAAUAUAAAACUGCACACGAAUUUGCGAGUGACGUACGACUUAUAUUUACUAAUUGUUACAAAUAUAAUCCUCCCGAUCACGAUGUUGUUUCAAUGGCUAGAAAACUUCAAGAUAUAUUUGAGAUGAGGUAUGCUAAAGUUCCCGAUGAACCGAUGGGUAGUAGUAUGGGAACUAUGAAAGGAAGCAGCAGCGGUAGUGGUAGUAGUUCUGGAGGAGAUAGUUCUUCCGAUAGUGAAGAUUCAGUUGAAGAACGUACUCAAAAAUUACUUGAAUUACAACAAGAGCUGAAAGCUAUGCAAGAACAAAUGAAGAAAUUAGUGGAGGAGAGUGGUAAAAAGAAAAAUAAAAAGAAAAAGCCAGACAAGCCAAAAUCAAAGCCAAUGAGCAAUAAGAAUAGCAGCCUUGUUGCCAGUCAUACUGGUGCCAUGAAAGAACUUAUGAAACCAAGUAGUGGCAUUCCCAAUGUGUCCGAUAGUGUUGGUGCUAGUAUAGCCAGUGUUGCAAUGGGUGUAGGGGAUUUGAAAAUGCCUGGCAUAACUAGUGAUCUUCAUCAUCAAACUACAGUAGUAGGACCUAAUAAGACCCAUACUGCAGGAAGUUUAGGACAUCAUUUGCCAACAGCAGCUAAUGCUAAGCCAAAAGGUAAAGGCCGGGGACCUGGAAAAGCUGCCACAACUGCAAAUACUGCAACCAAAAGGCCGAAAGCUAAUAGCAGAUCUACUGGGAAUAAGAAGAAAAAUACUGGCAAUCAACCACCUCCGAUGUCAUUUGAUUCGGAGGAUGAAGAUAGUGCUAAACCAAUGUCUUAUGAUGAGAAGAGGCAGCUUAGCUUGGAUAUUAAUAAACUACCAGGUGAUAAAUUAGGUCGUGUGGUACACAUAAUUCAGUCUCGGGAACCUUCACUGAGGGAUUCAAAUCCAGAUGAAAUCGAAAUUGAUUUCGAGACAUUGAAGCCAUCAACACUUAGAGAACUGGAGAGCUAUGUUGCAUCAUGCCUCAGAAAGAAGCCACAUAAAAAAGUCAGUGGUAAGUCCAAGGAUGAACAAAUGGCUGAAAAGAAACAAGAAUUAGAAAAGAGGUUACAAGACGUAACAGGACAGUUAGGCAAUGUCAAGAAAACUGCCAAGAAAGAAGAUAGUAAUAAGUCCGUUGAUGUAGUUGGAACUGGUGGUACCACUGGACCUUCACGAUUGUCAGCGUCAAGCAGUAGUAGCAGCGAUAGUGACUCCAGCAGUAGUUCGCUUUCUUCAACGAGCACUGAUUCAAGCGACAGUGAAGCAGGAAACUCCUCGAAUCGUCCACAUAGAAAGAAAACAAAGAAGAAUCCACCAAGUACAGGACCUUCUGCAACAACUGCUUCUGUCGCAUCGGCACCUACAUUAAAUCAUAGUGGAGCUCUUUUAAUGAAUAAUCAACCAUCGGCAAAUUCUACGGGACCAAUAACAAAACCGCCUGUUACUCACCCAAGCAAUAUCCCUUCGGAAUCAGGAGGCAAUAAUAAUCAACAGCCUGUCGCAGUGGCUGCUGUUACAACAGGGCAAAGUAUGCCUGUAGCGAGUCACGCAUCUAUGCCAGCCCAACCGUCACGACCUACAGCUCUGGCUACGGCCGCUCCUGUAAAAAAACCAACACCACCACCACCACCGACAACAUCUAACCCACCAACUCCGUCGGUUUCUGUACCAACUCCACCGCCCAGCGUCACACCUACAAAUACAAAUUCUAUGACAGCCUCGCCAGCUGUAUCUCAACAACCAUCGCAGCAGCCAACGUCCAUUAGUUCCUUUCCAAAUACAUCCAUAUCCACAGACGGAACAAAUUUAAAUCAACAAUCUGAUCUUUUACAGUCAUACAAUACUUUAGCUUCAGUGCCUACUACACAAUCUUCCAUGGAUCAAACACUUGCAAUCAAGAAGGAGCCUUCAUUUAUUCAAUCACAGCCCACCUUGGAUCAAACGCUCACUAUCAAGAAGGAGUCUUCAUUUAUUCAAACGACUCAUACGAAUAAUACCAAUAACAACACCAAUCUUAAUUUACUAUCGGAUGUAAAACCUGUGAACAUGAUGCCAACGAGUAUGGCUUCUAAUCUGAACUUGGGCAAUAUCAAUAUGACAAAUUUAAAUAUGAAUUUAUCGCAAGGACUAGCGGCACAUAUGUCUAUGCACAAUCAAUUAGAGAAUAUGAUUAAUACUACUGCGCCUUUGACUAAUAUACAGAAUUCACAUAACAUUACGAUGUCGCAGCAGCAUUCCAACGGAUUUCCAAAUACAAAACGUGGAAAUUCACCGCCCAAUAUGCUGAAUAAUAACGGCAUUCCAGGAUUAAAUAUGGGAAUGAAUAUAGGCAUGAGUUCGAUAUUUGAUCCCCUUCCUAUAUCAUCUAUGCCAAUGCAGAUUUCUCAGAUUCCUAUAAAGAAAGAGGAAAAGCCCUUGCCAAUUUCUCAACCUCAACUGACGCAAAAACCAUUGGAUGCAGGAGCUUUUUUUGCAGAAAUGAACACCCUAGGAAUACCACCAAUGGGUAAUCAUGCUAGUACUCAAUUAAUGCCUGAAAAGAAGAUGACUCCACCUGAUUCAAAGAAUCCUGCUGCAAACUUUGCAUCAGCCUUUAAAAAUAAGACUGUAGAGCAGAAUGUAAAAAAUGCAUCAUCUUGGUCUUCCUUGGCGCAAGCUUCGAGUCCUCAAUCAGCAGCUGCAGGAAGUAGUAUGAAAAGUGCAGCGCGAGACUCAUUCCAGGCAUUUAAGAAGCAAGCUAAAGAAAAACAGGAUAGACAAAGAGCCCUAUUAGAGCAACAAGAGAUGCGGAGACAACAGAAGGAGCAAGCGGAGCGAGAAAGAUUGCGACAAGAGAAUGAAAGAAGACGGGAACGAGAGGAAGAGGAUGCUCUGGAUAAAGUUAGAAAAAAUAUUGGAGAUCAACAAGGCAAUGUUAUGACUACCACGACAAGAACAGAAGAAGUAAAAGCCAUUACUGACACAGAUAGCAGUAGUCCGAGUCAUUCGUCCAGUCAGGACAAGUCCGCUGCAGAAAGGGAACGUCUGAGGCAACGGGAGCAAGAACGCCGGCGACGAGAAGCGAUGGCUAGCCAAAUUGACAUGAACAUGCAGAGCGAUUUGAUGGCUGCGUUUGAGGAAUCUUUAUAAUGUUACUAUAUUCUGUUUAUAAUAAACCCACAAAAACUUUGCAAAACUCGGACGUAUAUGUUUAGCGUUGAGCGAUGUUACAGAAAUCUUUGAAUAUAAUAUCAAUAAAUAAAAACAACGCAGACAAUGAAAUCAGAUAAAUAACGAUGGCGACACAGUGCUAGUUAUCAUAAAAUGAUACGGUUGGGACAUUCCAACAGAGAACCCAUUAGGUCGUCGGAAGAUUCAAACAGUUUAUUAAAACGGAGACAAAACUGUAUUGUCUCUAGAACGACAGACACUUGAGUGCGACUAUGUAAUUAGAUAAAUACUUAUAUGAUACUUCGAAAAUGCUACACUGAUAUUGUGUUACAUUUUUUCGAUUUUCAUAAGUUUGUACUUUAUGUAAAUUUGAAAACAACAUAUUGAAAAUAAGAGACGUUUGCAUGUGAUAACCGAAUGCGUGCGUAAA